AUGGAUGAAACUCCGACGAGCUCCCCGGCGGCGGCGAUGCAGCACACGCCGGCGCCGAGGAAGAAGAUCGUGAAGCAGCUGACGGGGAAGAAAGGUGACACCUCCCUGCACUCGGCCGCAAGGAGCGGGAACAUGGCCGCCGUGGUGGAAAUCCUCUCCGGGACCGACGAGGAGGAAUUGAGGGAGAUAUUGGAGAUGCAGAACCAGUCCGGCGAGACCCCACUCUACGUGGCGGCGGAGUACGGGUACGUUGACUUGGUCAGGGAAAUGAUCCGGUACUACGACCUCGCCGACGCCGGGAUCAAGGCCAAGAAUGGAUUGGACGCCUUCCACAUUGCCGCCAAGCAAUCGGAUAUAGAUGUAUUGAGGGUGCUAAUGGAGGCUCACCCAGAGUUAGCAAUGACGGUAGAUUUGUCCAACACGACGGCGUUGCACACGGCGGCGAUGCAAGGCCACAUUGAGAUAGUCAACUUCCUUCUGGAAGCAGGGAGCAGCAUCGCCACUAUUGCUCGGAGCAACGGCAAGACUGCACUGCAUUCCGCCGCCAGAAACGGACACGUGGCGGUCGUAAAAGCACUGGUAACGGCGGAGCCGACGAUCGCGACGAGGACGGAUAAAAAGGGCCAGACGGCUCUUCACAUGGCUGUUAAAGGACAGAAUAUUGAAGUCGUGGAGGCGUUGAUCAAUGCCUCGCCUGAGACGUUGAACUUGGUCGACAACAAAGGCAACACUCCCUUGCAUAUCGCCAGCCGGAAAGGCAGAGCUCCGAUAGUAAAACUGCUGCUCCAACACAAGUCAACGGACACGAAAGCGGUGAACCGAACAUCAGAGACGGCGCUGGACACCGCCGAGAAGAUGGGCCAGCCGGAGGUGAAAGCCAUCCUCCAAGAGCACGGCGUCCAGAGCGCGAAAGCCCUAAACCCGCAGGCCCGAAACCCGGCCCGCGAGCUGAAGCAGACGGUGAGCGACAUCAAGCACGAGGUCCACUACCAGCUGGAGCACACCCGGCAGACCCGGCGGCGCGUCCAGGGGAUCGCCAAGCGGCUCAACAAGAUGCACGCGGAAGGGCUGAACAACGCCAUCAACUCCACCACCGUCGUCGCCGUCCUCAUCGCCACCGUUGCCUUCGCCGCCAUCUUCACCGUCCCGGGGCAGUACGCCGACGACCCGACCCAGAUGCAGCCGGGGCAGACCCUGGGCGAGGCCAACAUCGCCCGGCAGGCGCCCUUCAUCGUGUUCUUCCUCUUCGACUCGGUGGCGCUGUUCAUCUCGCUGGCGGUGGUGGUGGUGCAGACGUCGGUGGUGGUGAUCGAGAGCAAGGCCAAGAAGCAGAUGAUGGCGGUGAUCAACAAGCUGAUGUGGAUCGCGUGCGUCAUGGUCUCGGUGGCGUUCCUGGCGCUGUCGUUUGUGGUGGUCGGGGACCACGAGACGUGGCUGGCGGUCAGCGUGACGAUUAUUGGGACGGUCAUCAUGGUCACCACAUUGGGGACGAUGUGUUACUGGGUGGUUAAGCAUCGGAUCGAGGCGUCGAAGCUGAGGAGUAUCCGGCGCAACUCGAUGGGGAGUCGGUCCAAGUCGAUGUCGGCUUCGGUUAUGUCGGAUUCCGAGUUGCUCAACAAUGAGUUCAAGAACAUGUAUGCCAUUUAGUGGAUCCUGACCCUAACUAGUGUCCCUGAUUUGUACUUGUAUAUGUUUUUUUGGCCGAAUUAAGUGUAGAAAUGAUGAUGUAACGCUAACUUGGCGGUGCAAACUUCAGAUUUAUGAGUACAACAAUGACUUGUGUAUAUGAGCGAAAUUGUAGUUUAGUCAUGGUUUAAUCAUUUUAUAUUAUUAAAUUAAUUGUCCAUCAAUUUAGCUUCCAGUAUCAGAGUUU